AUGCUUCCGACGCCGCUGCAGGGCACGUACCAGCAGUACAAGGCAGACACCGACUCAGUCGCAGCAUGGCUCGCUUCGACUGCAAAAGCCUGCGGUUACCCAGCUGAUCUACUCACCUCCACCGCAGCAAAACAAUCUCAACCCAAGGGCGGAGGUCCUCCAGUUGAACCAGCUCGACCCAAGUACAUUAUUGCAAUCAAGGACUUUAUUCUCUUGGCAGAGUACAUCUUUGCCUCUACCAAACCACUCAUCUCAGUACCCAAGUCGCUCGCCGAGACAAUUGAUCGCGUUAUCUACAUGCGCUCCAGAUUCGGAGCCCAAUUGGAAGAACACGGAGCAGAGAUAAACGACAAGUCUGACACAACUCAUAACUACUUCAUCGGCGUCCUCGAGAGUGUCAGAAGAAUUCUUCGCCCACGAAUGCCCACCGACACACCAUCAUAUGACUCAAUCGAAGAUCUAACCAAUCGCUUCAGCGGUCUCAACGUCUACGAGCCCUCACAAGAAUUCCUCGAUGCUCCAGAUAUCGUCCGUCCUCAAAAGACCCAAGACGAUGAGAAUCUCUACGAAGCUGAACCGCAAAACACCCUUGAAGAUGCUAUGAUAGCCUAUGCUGUUAUGCUCGAUGAUCUCACGCAUAUCAGAUCCAACAUCAAGUCUAUUUGGGCGAACUACAAAGAUGGCUUUCAUGACCUCGCUACAGCGGCUCGUGUCACAAACACGGGCAUCGACCUUGCACGGAAUCUCGUGGAGCCUAUUCUUCCCAUCUUUGAACCGCACGGUGGCGCUUGCGCUGUUUCGAAAAAGUUCUCUAUUGUGUUUGCUAUGAUGAAGGGCUUUUCUAUAACUCAGGUCAAGGCUUGGGGUCCCAAGGGCGGGAAUGAGAAGAUCGAUCGAUCACGGAAGAACGGGCAUCAGAAGUUCAACGAGGAUCAGAUCAUUCUCUCUGAAUACUUCACCGAAGCAGUGACUCUCGCCAGAGCUGUGCAGAAUUAUCCAGUUGAAGAUGAAUUCAUCCGAGGAAUCCGGGAGCUCGACAAGACUGACAAGACUCCCUUCUACUUGGUCUUUGCUACUCAAAUCCUUCUCGAUGUCCACCAUAUCCUCCGAGCUCAUACAGCUUCAGUCUUUGAGACGCUCAGCUCUCACACGAGUGCCAUGCGCAAUGAUCUGAAUCAGCAUAUGAAACAUCAUCAGAACCUCAAGAGCGAAACGUGGCCUGCGUCGAGCGAGCGUGCGCUCAAGGAACUGGAACAGUCUAUCGGCUGGAUUGGUAAAGACCCCGUCUUUCUCGCCAAGAAGAGAGUUGGCCAGAAAGUAGGCGCAGAAGUCACGCAUGACCAGAUGUACCGCAUUCAUUUCUUAUCGUCUAUCCUAAGCGGACUGCUCCUCUUUCACUACCGCGCUGGGAUGCAUGAAGUUGGUAUUGCAGUAUUGAACGCAUGGGGAUCUGUUACCUAUCCCGCACAUCUAUACAAUGCGCUCCAGCAGGAGGGACUACUCAUCAAUGGAUGGCAAGACAUGGAUGUAGUCCGGAGCUUACUCGGUGAUUCCAACUUCUUUGUUGGAAGUCCACCCGAGAACAAGGAUGAGUAUUUCAACAGAUUUCUCCUCCAGAUGGGAUAUUCUGCAUCAGCUAUCACAACUCACAAGGGUCGUCUUCUGCGACAGCCUAAGCGACAUCAGGACCUGGCUUCUAGGUCUGGUCCUCGCGGUAUAGAAGAUGGUGUCCCUGUGUCGCGUAUGUUCUUUGACAGAUAUCUACACAAGUCUGGACAAGUCAAUCUGACACCCGAUAAUGUUGACGCCAUCAUUUCUCGAAGUAAUUAUCUUGAAGACAAUUCCGAAGAUGAACUCGCCUUCGUGAAAGCAGAGGGUGCACAAGACGCUAAAAAACAGAAACAAAAACAGAAGAAAAAAGCAACAGACGGCGGUAGACUCAAAGCAGGCUCCCUUCUCCAACCCCUCGCUAUGGCCCUCACCGCCGAAAUGUUUGAGUUUUCCUUCCUCUAUCUCGUUCUACACCGGUGGUCAUGGAAGUUCCUUCGCCAGAUCAAGAGUGUCUGCGAUCCCGUGCUUCGAAAGCUGUACGGGCCGACGUAUCUAGAUCAGGAGAAACAGCUCCCGUUUAGAGUGGGAUACAUACUCAUGACGUUUGCGGAGGAUCCAGAUGGUGAUGGGAAGGAACUCAUGAGGAUUGCGGCGGGGGAGUUUAAUGGCUGGAGGUUGAGGUUUGGUCUCACUGCUGGUAUGGGUGCUCUUGUUCGAGUCUCUGCGCGUGCUCGAGGUAGCAAUGCCACUUCAUCUUCAUUCUGA